CGAUGGAAAGAAGAAGGUCGUCAACGUGAAUCUGAUUUUGACGAAAAAUGGAAGAUUACGCCAGAGAUCCAUGUCCUUGGAGGAUCAUGGAUGAUUGUGGAGGUGCUUUCUCUAUCGGAAUUAUUGGAGGUUCAAUUUUUCAUGGUUUCUCAGGAUAUAGAAACGCUGCAAAAAUACCAGGCAAAUGGAACAGACUGACUGGGAUGGUACACAACGUAAGGACAAAAUCUCCAAUCACAGGAGGUAACUUUGCUAUUUGGGGAGGAUUAUUUUCUGGAAUUGAUUGCCUAUUGGUUUACUUUCGUGGGAAGGAAGAUUACAUCAAUUCGAUCGCUAGCGGAGCUGCCACAGGAGGAAUUCUAUCUAUACGAAAUGGUCCGUAUCAGAUGAUGGCAUCAGCUGCAAUUGGUGGUUUAUUACUGGGUAUGAUAGAAGGAGUGGGAAUCUUCAUCACUUAUAUAACUGCUUCUCAGUUUGAUCCUGCUAACAGACAGAUGAUGGAGGACCCAAACCAGCUCCCAGAAAAAUCAGUAGGAAACACGAACACAAAUAUGUAUGGUAUGGCUUCAUAUCAAUGAUUUCUAUCUUUAGGGUCGUUAAAAAGAAUGUGAUAAAGACUUUGGUAGGAUCAAUGCUUUUUCUCAAGGGCAGACAUUAAGCUGACUUAUAAAUAUCACCCUUCAUGGACAUGUACUGUUCUCAUGGAUAGAUAGGUUAACCCUUCAUGGACGAAUAUCACUCUUCACGGACAAAUAUUACCCACAAGGAUGAAUAUCACCCUCAUGGAGAGAUAUCAUUCCUGUCGAUCACAAUCAUCCUCAUAUAUUCUUUAGCGAGUAUUUACAUUAUGGGAAUGCAUUGCCCUCAUGGACUCACCUCAUUGUGCUGAGUGGUUGAUAUAGAGAAGUGAAAAAUGAAAGUUGUGUCUUUAUGGUAUAUAGCAUCCGUGGUUGAUGUAACACCGGCACGUAUCAGACUCAAUGGAUACAUGUUUGUGACAGGUCAGUGAGCUGCUACAGAGACCUGGUACUUUGUGUGACAAUGUUUAGACCUGUAUAAAACAUUUGCUUACUAGUAUAUGUGAUGUACUCAACGGUCAAGCAAUGGUCAUCAGUCAAGCAGUAUCUAUCACUAUUAAAUACUGUUUGCCUCUGUUAAUUUUAUUGAUAUUUCAAGAUAAAAACAUACUUUACAUUCAUAGUUGACAACAUAUUGUUAACUUGGGUAGGGCUAUGAAAAAAAUGACCAUUCAACAAUUAUUAGUAAAUGUUUCUCUUGCUGAAUACAGCUCAGAAAAAUGAUGGAUACCCGCCAGGUUGACCCGGAGUGAAUGUGGCUUUCCCAGAUCUGAACAAGGUACUGCUAGUCCCGGUAUAAAAGAUUGAUAGUUGAUAUGAGAAGUUGUUGUUUGUCAUGUAGAUUGUUGUUAUCUACUUCAUCUUGUGAAUUUUUGGUCUUGAAGCUCUGCAUUGAGAGUUGCAUGAUAAUACAAACCCAAUUUUGGCUAUGGAUGAUAUGAGACUCAACUUCUGAUAGCUUUCAAACUAUGUAUUUACCAAUGAAGAAAGAUCCCCUAUACCUCAGUAGACCUGCACUAAGCUGGUCGUUUAAAAAAUAAGAAAUAACUUUAAAAAUAAAUCACAGUGUUAAAAGUCUAAAGUCUAGCAGCCAUACAUCACAAUGUGGGUUUAAGAUCCUACGUCUUUGUUACCACCUACCGAGGUAGAUUUUUUGCUACAUACACACUGUAAUAGGAGUACAUUAUUGCAGGUCACUCUUUGUCUUUCUUUUCGGUCCUUCUCAUUUCUCCAUCACCGCCUCAAAUACAUUUACUCUAUAAGUAAUCAGACUUCUGUUUAUAUAUACGGCCUUUGUUGCUAUAAGAGUCUUGAAUCAAGGAUAAUUACACAGUGUAGGUGACCGAAUACUCACCAACUUUAUUGUUAAUAACUUACUUGCCAAUUUCUAGUUUUCUGUUUAGAAGUGUUCAGUUAAUUGAACUUUUUACUUUGGGGAUAUUAACGAAAGUGUUUGAAUUAGAUUUGUAUAUCAUAGCCAUAACUACAGGUUAAGUUUUUUUCUGAAGGGUGGCAAUAUUUAAUCCAAUUUUACAUAUUCCAAAAUUGUUAGCAGUUGACAGCAAUUAUAAAAAUGUAUAGCCAAAAAAGGCAGGAUUUUUGUUGCAUAAGAAUAUCACAGACUUAAAUGUCUGGAUGAUUUUAUUUGAUUUUAUGAACUUUGUUGUUGCAGUGGUGAAUGUAUUGAUGCGCAUAACUACAAUGUAUAGGUGUGUGUGUGUGUGUGUGUGUGUGUGUGUGUGUGUGUGGAGAGAUUAUAGAUAGAAUGGAGUGUUAAGAGAGUUAGAAUUAUUUGUAUUAAGUAUAUUAUUUACACAAUUUCUCUAUGUUCUAGUUUCAUGGCAUUCAACAGCUUGUUAUAUAUAAAUAAUGGUUGUUUACGAGCUGUGGAGAUAGAGUAUAUCAUUUUUAUGUUGCCAUUUUUGUAUCAAAUUCUUCUAUAUUGAUCCUUUUAGUCAUAAGUGAUAUUGGACUGUCAAGAUCACGAUAUGAUAAUUGGAUGGUCAAGGUCACUAUUAUUCAUUCAUGUGAGACUUAAUUUUAUAAACCGAUCCUUUUGAUAGCUAAGUUACAGAAUCGCACAAGAGAAAGGAUCAUUUGGUUAAAUUUGCAAGACUAAUGAUUUUACAAUAUUUGUUUUGAUUGACGCCUUGUGCAUAUACAAGUCUUACAGUUUGUAUGAUAAUGUGUUUGCAUGAUAUUUUGUCAUUGAAGUUGUGAAAAACUAGUCACAGCUUUAAAAUUAUGAUCACCAUUAUGAAAAUGGUUAAUGUUCCACCGAGAAUGGUGGAAUUAACAUAGAAAUAGUGUGGGUUCCUCAUUUGUCAUACAUGUGUGGUUUUCCACCAUUUUAUUGUAUCAUACAGAAAUAUAUGCCAGUCAAAUGAUUCAAGGAAUGCCGAUAUUGGCAUGAUCAGUAUUUCUUAGGAAUGAGAGCUGGGUACAUAUAUAAAUAUAUAUAUAUGUGGCUGUGUGAUAUAUCAGGUUUGAGAAAAAUGAAAAUAAAAAAAAAAAAUAUCUGCACUAGCGUCCU